AUGAUGAUUGAUAAGGUUACAAAGGAAAGAUCUAUGGUGAAGUUUGCUAGAGUGCUUGUGGACGUUGAGAUAUCAGAUCAUGUACAACAGUUUAUCAGCUUUCUUAAUGAGCGUGGUCAAUUGAUGGAGCAGGCUAUAGAGUUUGAAUGGCUGCCUACCCAAUGUUCGCACUGUAAAGGUUUUGGACAUCUUGAUUCCAGUUGUAGCCGUGACCAAGGGGCUAUUUGGAGGAAAAAGGAGAUGAAGCUUGGACUGGGGAAUGUGGAGGCUAAGAGUAAUCAAGCAACUACUGCUCCCAUGUCUGAAAUUUUGCCAAAGGUUUCUCAAGAUCUGGUGGUUGGUAUUGAUACAUAG